AUGACAAAUGACACGGCAGAUACAAGUUCGGGCGCAAGUAGCGCGGCGACCAACCCGAACAACAUCACCGUAGUAAACCGACAACCCAAACCAGAAACAAAGAACAACGGCCUGAUAAUCUACGGCGGCCCGCAGAUCGCCGACCUUGAAGACUCACUCCCUGAGCUAACUGAACAGACCGGAGACAAUGCCUACACAAGACUCAUAAGGAAGCUGGAUAAGAACUUUCUCCCAAGGAAGAACAAAGACUACGCCAGAUUCCAGUUCGGAAACCUUAUCCAAGCCGACAAAGAGAGCAUGGCGCAGUAUUACACAAGGAUCCGCGAAGUAGCGCAGAAAUGCGAAUUCACAGAUGAGAACGAGGCGAUUCGAGAUCAUUUAAUCAAGACUAUGAUAAACGCUCAACUACGACUCAAGACCAUAAGAAAGAACUUAACUCUGACACAAAUAAUAGACGAACCAGUGAUAGAUGAAGAAUCAAGCGCGCAAGCGGCAGCCACCGAAAGGAAGCUUAAGGAGGAGUCGGAAUCUCAAAGGAGCGGCGCAAAAACAAAAGACGAAACAACCUCAGAACGGCAAGACCAACGCUGGAAACAUCAAUCAAGGAACUUCGGAAGCCGAAACAAAGGAAAAGGACGCCGACAGAUUCGACACGUGGAGCGAGAAAGCGACACCGAAUCAAGCAAAACAGAGAGCGACGAAGAUAUCAACCGGUUUCUCAAACAUGUGAAUAUCCGCAAGACAAGCACAGUUCCAUCCUCGACGAAAGCAAACAAAUGCAGGAUCUGGAUAAACGGAGUCAAAACAACCGUCGAACCGGACACCGGAGCCGAUGCGAACGUCAUGGACGAACAACAUCUAAAAACACUUCAAAACACCCAACCGGAAGUGCAGCUAAUGAAAACAACGCUGAAACUCAAAACGCUUACAGAGGACCUUCCCGUGAUCGGUGAAAUCAACGUGACCAUAGCCAAUGAGACCCGAAGUACCGUAGCAAGGAUCGCGAUUAUCGGCGGAACCAUCGACUCGCUACCACUACUAGGCAGAGAGACACUCGAAGAACUUGGGAAGGUGAUAUUCGAUGUAACCGGACGCCUGAAGCAACCCAACAAACACAUACACAAGGUACAGACCGGAAACGAGCAGCUGGAUCAAAUAGUCAACAAUCACACAUAG